AUGGACGGGGCUGCGGGAAUGCGUCACCUCUACGGAGGAUAUCCGUACCAAGGACAAGGUCGAAUGAAUCAACUGGGCGGCGUAUUCAUAAAUGGACGACCUUUGCCAAAUGUGAUAAGACUGAAAAUCGUCGAGAUGGCUGCAGCAGGAGUCAGGCCGUGUGUGAUAUCACGUCAAUUGAGGGUGUCACACGGUUGUGUAUCGAAAAUACUGAACAGAUAUUCCGAGACUGGCUCGAUAAGGCCGGGAGUAAUCGGAGGAAGUAAGCCACGUGUUGCCACGCCGGAAGUUGAAUCCAGAAUCGAGGAGCUCAAACGCGAAAAUCCGGGUAUUUUUGCGUGGGAAAUUCGGGAUAAACUUAUUAAGGAAAACUUUUUGGAUCCUCCGAGCGUGACUUCGAUCAGUAGACUGCUUCGGGGAGGAAGACCGGGCGAUGACAGCAAGAAGGAUUAUUCCAUCGACGGGAUCCUCGGUGGUGGUGCCUGUGGCGACGAUUCGGACGUAGCCAGCGAGCCAGGCAUUCCCCUGAAGCGUAAGCAGCGUCGGAGCAGAACGACGUUCACCGGCGCCCAAUUGGAGCAACUGGAAACGGCAUUCCUCCGUGCUCAAUAUCCGGACGUUUAUGCUCGAGAGGAGUUGGCCCAGCGUACGGGUUUGACGGAAGCUCGAAUCCAAGUCUGGUUCAGCAAUCGGCGAGCUCGUAUGCGCAAGCAUUCCGGAGGCAUCGGGCACGGACUGCCGAUGACGCCCUGUCAAUACGCCGCUGCGAGUCACGAGCUCGGGCAACUGUCGCAAGUGCCGCAAAUGACAGGAGGAAUCGCCCAAAUACCGACGAGCCUUCAUCAGUCCUCGACGACCAGCGUGAGCCAGGGCCCGAUUGGAGCGCCUCCGCAAAUGACCAGCUCGAUUCCUCAAAUCCCAACGACCCUGAGCGAGGCCGUCCAGGCUGUCACGAUUUCCAGUCACUUGAGCGGCAUCCCCGGCCACGGGGGGGGCAUGCAACUUGGCCAACUGUCCGGGUCCAUCCCGCCGCCUGCAGCUCAUGCAGCGCCUGGAUCUCUGUCUCACAAUACCGCAAACGCAGAUUGGUCGCGAGCACAACUGGGCUGGGGACAAUUCAAUCACUUUCACGGCGGUGAUUACGGAGCCUCGGGUCAUCCCGGCCAUCAUCAUCAUUCGUCCCACACGAGCCUCGGCGCCCAAGUGCCCACUGGAACGAACCCAUCCUCCGCCGAAUGGUACGAUCAACAAAGUUACGAUUACGCCCAGCACGCCCAACUCAACUAUCAUCGCAGUGCCGGUGGCAUAUUUUAACGAAAUGUCGGAAAAACA